CAAAUUCAACUCAAUCCGAACCUCAAUGACUCCAAAUCAAAGAACUGAAGCAUAUUUGGAAUGUUUAAGCCAUAAUUUGGAUUACCAAAUGGUUUCCAAACAUAACAUGCUUAUAAUCGAAUUGAGUGGCUAGACGAGACUAAUCCAACGAGCCCACAAUUGCCGAAUUCUGAUAUCACUAAGACAUUUAAAUGCCCAAUAAAUAGUCCACGAUCAAGAUAUUCAACAUUGGCAGUCCAUUCAAAUCACUCUCAAUUUAAUUUCCUAUUCAUUUACAUUUUUUUUCUUGAUUGAUAUUAGUUUAAUCCUGUAUUGAUUUGGUCUUAAAAAGAUUUUAUAUUUUUUUGUGCAAUGAGAUUUUUAAUAUCAGUAUUUAGUUAAUAUAUUGAACCCGUUCUAGCAGAAAUCAAGUGAUUUGAUAAUUAGAAGUCAUUUUGUGAAGGAAAAAAAUAAACUAAUUCACUAUCAAAUUUUUAUCAUUUUUAAAGCUGAUUAUUUCGGUCCUAAGUCUGGAUGUAAAAAGUUGUAGGAAAAUUAAAAAAAAUAAUUUAGGCCCCCCCUAAAGACAUUUUUUGGCUCCGCCACUGCUAGAGAGUAAAGAUGGCAGGUGGCAUGGGAGUGAACAAGGACAAGUUCAUAGAGGACUGGAAUCACGCUAGGGAGAACCUACAGCUAACCUUCCAUUGGAGUCGCCGCAACCUAGCGAUCUCUGGAUUCUUUGGCGUGGCUGUUCCCAUUCUCGUUUACACGGGCAUCGUGAAUGAAUUUCACAUGCAGGAUGAGAACUGGGGAAGACCACCGAGGAAAUUCCUGUGAGGGGAUUUCAUUGGAUGAGGUUUUUCAGUUUCUUUUGGAAUAAUGGUAAUUUUGACUUGGCAGAAUUUGGUCGUUUAAUGACAUGAUAAGAAAGAUAUUGAAGCUUGUUUGGCUAUUGGCAGCUUCUUUUUACAUUGAAUUGUUGUUUUUGAUAAGGAACCUGGGAAUGAGGCUUUUGUAACUGAUGAUAAAGCCAUGCUACUUUAAAUCUCAUAUGCGUAUUGUGUCA